AUGGAAAAUAUAGAAAACAUACAAAAGGAGAAUAAGAAAAAUACAGUGAAGGAUAGAGAUAAAAAACAUCUAUUGAAACAAAUAUCAUCAUUUGCUUGUAUCAGAGGUAUGCCUGUUACAUCACCGGUAAUAGAGGUAAUAAUCCCCGGAGAAGCUUGUCACCAGAAAUUUGUUAAUACUAACAAGAAAACUUCUGGAAUUGCAACCAACCUUUUAAAGUCUGGCAACACAUUGUCAUCGUUUAUCUACAAUACGAACAAGAAUUGUUGUAUAUUAAGCUCCGAUAAAGAUAGCUACUUUGAAUUGGCAAUAUUAAAAGUAUUCAAUGGUCAGUUUUGGCACCCUAACCAAAAAAUAUUAUAUUUAGGGCCAACUGAGAAUGCAUGUCAGGAGAGACUUGAAGAAUGGACUACUCGGUUCAAAAAAUAUGAGGUUGGUCUUUUAAAAGGUAAUAUCAACUCAAUGGUUCAUACAAUUAGAACGUCAAAUAUCAUCUUAGCAUGCCCUUCUGAUUGGGAUCGUAUAUUUCGAGGUCGGAAUGAUAUAUCUAAAAUCUUCCCAUUUGUACAAUUAUUCUUGGUGGAGCAAUUGCAUAGGCUUGAAAAUUUCCCCAUAAUGGAAACAUUUGUCACUCGAAUGAAAAACCUUUCCUUAACUUCUUAUAAGGAACUUAGAAUAAUUGCCAACACAUCCAAUUUAAGUAAAAUCCCCCAAUGGUUAGGCGAAGAAUUUACAGUACUACGUGAUGAUACUUCAAAAACUAGAAGUAAUACUAUUUCAAUUGUACCUUAUAAGAGCUCUGGGAAUAUGUUUCAUUUUAAUAGUUUUCUAACAAGGAAACUAGAUACAAUUAUUCAAGAGUACGCAUCUAAUUCUACAAUUAUAUAUUGUGCAACUAGAUCAAUGCUGUCUCAAACAGCAAGGCACUUGUAUUCAUUGUAUCUGGAAGUCUCCAAUUUUGGAGAGGUUGGAAAAGUUUCUGAUCCUGAUUUGAGGGUUUUAGUCUCAAGGGGAGUUGCUUUCCACCAUGCUGCAUUGUCAAUUUCUGAUCGUCAGUUUAUCGAAUUCUGGUUUAAAGCGGGGAAGAUAAAGGUGAUAUGCACAACUUCUGUUCAUAUCAAUAUCCCAGCCGACCUAGGAAUUAUUAAGGGAUCACAAUGUUGGAAUGGAUCCACCUUUACAGAUUUUUCCAAGGAUUGUCUUCAAAGAAUGGCCGAAAAAAAACUGAAAUGUAUCUUAUUAACAACUAUUCAGGAACAGCAUAAAUUUGAAACUAUACUACAGGAUGAGCUCGAAAUAAAAAGCUCAUUGCAGAAGAAACUUAAUGAAUACCUAUUGUGUGAAAUUAUCUUCAGCUCUUUAAAUACGAUUGAUUUGUGUUCAAACUGGCUAGCAAAAACUUAUUAUACAUUGAACGAUGGCUGCGAAAUAUUAGUCCCACUAUAUUCUUUGAUGGAAAAGAAUUUAAUUCAUAUCGAUGACGAGAAGAAUAUCUCUCCUACAUUUUACGGAUUACUUGCCAUAAAGAAUAAUUUGUCUAUUUCAACAAUAUUUCAAUUUAUGAAUUGCAAGGAGAAAAACUCCAUUGAUGAUAUUCUUUUCCUAAUUUCAAAUUCUGAUCAUUUUGAAACCUUUGCUUUGAAGCAUCAUGAAAGGAAGUUAUUUUCACAUCAAGGUGAAGCAAAAGAGAAGUUAAAAACUUUUCAUAAAAUAACCCUUCUACUCAAAUUUGAAGCGCAGAAGAAGCUAACUGAAUUACCAGCAAAUAUUGAAAAGGAAAGAAAAGCUAUAUUGACAGAGGGUCUCAACUUGCUUAUUUCAUUACGAGAAAUUUUUAUCAAGAAUAAAGAUUCGACAUCACUAAGAUCAACAAUCCAGGUCAUACUGUUUUUAACAAAUAAAUGCUGGGAAGACUCAAUAUUUAAUCCUUGGUUAACUGACGAGAGUAUAAGAAUUUUCAACAAAAAAAUAUCUUUACAUUCCAGCAAGUGUCUCAAAUGACCAAGAAAGAUCUAUAUUUGAUUCUUGAUCAUGAAUCUGCUGGGAAACUUCAAAUAGGGUUGAAAGAGAUCCAAUUACCUCAUAUUUCGAUUGUAUUCAGAGGUGAGAAGUUGCAAAACAGUUGUCUAACAGUUUACUUCGAUGUUGUACUAGCUGCUAAUGACGACUAUGAUUUCAUCUGUGAGAAAAAUGGAAUACUCGUAGAGUAUCGAAAGGCAGUUCCUAGAAGCCAAAUUAUUUUAAAAGUUGACCUCAUAGACUCAAGAGAAGAGAUAAUAUGUCACUUAUUGGGAAAGCCUGGAAUUUGCAUAUGCCAGAUUUUAGAUUGGAAGCUGCAAGUAUCUAAACGAUCUCUUGAUAGAAUCACAACAAUCAUUGAGGAAAUCCUGUCUGAUAACACUAUAUUAGAUUCUGAAGAUACACCAGAUACAGUAUCCACCACCCAAAUAUCCGGGUGCAAACAAGAAUGUGGCCAUCUUUGCUAUAAGGGUAAAAGAGUUCAGGCACUAGAUACUUUGACACCUAAUAAAAAGAUCAAAUUCCCUAGAUUUUCCGAAAAAAGUAUAUUUGACCAGUUUUUCAGCGAUACAGAAGAGAAUGAAGAUCUAUUUGGAAAAAAAAUAGAGAAGAUUAUGGGGCAGAUUGCAUAA